UAUUAGUCAGAGGUCAGAGUCGGAUUUGAACAAAAGUCCUGUGAUUCCACUGUCAACCUUCCCCCUCCCCCUUUCCCCUGUCCUAGAGCCUACCCUUUUCUCUUUAACUGGAAUGUAGGGAAGAGCAAGUAAACAUGCCUCAUGCCUGAAAGAUAAAGGUAUCUAUGCUUCAUGAUUACUAGCAGAACUUACAACAGGUAGGGCUUGGUGUUAUUCCUCUAUAAAAUUAACGAAAAUUUAUAAGCUGGUAUGUUCACAGGAUCCCAGAUUUAGAACUGGAAAGAAACUCAGAGACCACCGAGUUCAAUCUCUUCCUUUUACAGAUGAGGAAACUGAGGCCCAGUCACCUACCCAAGGUCACACGGGGAGUAAGCAACACAGAGGUAUGUUAAACCUCUAAAGACUCUUCCGGCUCGAAAUCCCUAUGACUUUUUUUUUUUAAUAAUUUUUAUUGAUAUCUUUUCUGUUAACAUCGAGUAAAUUUCCCCCGAUCCUUAUAACUUUGAACAAGCUACACUAUCUACUAAAGCCUUCUAAUCACAAGAGACCCCCGAACAUGGACGCCAACAAAGGGAAAACUACUGCUGGGCGUGGACAAAACCCCAGAUCCGUCAUUGAGUCGGCAAGCCUUGAGUUGGACGUGCCCUUCCAGUCUUUGGCCAUCUGGAACAGGCGCUCUUACCCCAGUACUAAGUCUGGGAUCCUGGAAGGCUCGUAAGCCGGCAAACUCUGUAAAAUCUUUGCUCUAAGUUGCAGUCCAAGUUCUGAGGAGCGGGCGCGUAGACACCCUCUUGGGUUCACUGUCCGCCAGAUAGCGCACUGGCCAGAACCUCACUUUCACUUUAGGAUUCUGGAGCUCCGGAGCCGCAGUUUUGGUGGAACCAGAGCUGAGGAGCAGCGAAGGAUAGAGCCAUGAUGUAGAAGACCAAACCCAGACUUUUUCAAACUUCGUUAUUAUGAUUAGUUGUGCAGACUGUGGAGGUUUGGGAAGAGGAGUUCACUCUGUCAUCUGCAAGAGCCUUCCCACUGUGGAAUAGAUUCACUGGUGACUAAAACCUUCCAUUCUGGGAGAUCGACUUCUAUCACUGGGUAGUACGAAACCUCCAUGUUGGAAAGAUUCGCAAGACUGAAAGAUGCCAUUAAAGAUGACCUUGAGAGCAGCAUGGUUUCUUCUUGAAAAGAGCUAAGUCCAUAUAGCCCCAAUACAGCCUUGCCUUGGAAUGACAGUGUGUAAGACAUCGGCUCAAAUCAUUCAUCAGAUCGAAGAGGAAUUAGAUGAAGAUGAAAAGGAGGUGAUUCUCUUCCUAUGCCGUGAUCUUGCCCCAGACUUAGUCACAAAGUUGGACUUACGGGAUCUUCUCUGCACCUUGAAUGAGAAAGGGAAGCUAUCUCCUGCUGGUCUGGCGGAAUUGCUGUAUAGAGUAAGGAGGUUUGACCUGCUGAAGAAGAUAAUGAAAACAGACAGAGCCUCUGUGGAAGCCAGCCUGGUCAAGUGUCCACGACUGGUUUCUGACUAUAGGGUGCUGAUGACACAACUUAGUGAAGAUAUGGACAAAUCAGAAGUGACUUCCUUCGGUUUUCUCCUAAGAGAUUACAUGGGAGGAGGGAAGACACACAAAAACAAGAGUUUCUUAGAUGUUGUUAUCGACCUAGAGAAGGUAAACUUGAUUGCUCCUGACAAGUUAGAUUUACUGGAAAAAUGUCUGAAGAACAUUCACAGGAUAGAUCUGAAGAAAAAAAUUCAGAAAUAUAAGCAGUCAGUUUUGGGAGCAAACUAUAUGAAUGAAAUCCAGGCUUCCCUUCCAAGUGUAGGCCUGAUGAAUUCUGUUUAUGCCUUGGAGCUCAAGAAUGGAAUGAGUAAGGAGGAAAGACCGAUCUUUGGACAGCAUGGAAUUUCAAAAGCAGUUAAAACAUCCAUUCAAGAAUCUGAAAAAUCCUCGCCUCAGGUGACUAGUGAGGAAUACAGGCUAAAGAGUCAACCACUGGGAAUCUGUUUAAUAAUUGAUUGCACUGGCAAUAAUUCCGAUCCACUUAAAGACACAUUUACUUCCCUGGGUUUUGAUGUUCAGUAUUCUAGACACCUGAACACAACAGAAAUCGGCGAGACUCUUUAUCAAGUUUCCUGCCUUUCCAAGCACCAAGAUUAUGACAUCUUUGUGUGUAUUCUGAUCAGCCGAGGUGACUCUGAGAACAUUUUUGGGAAAGACCAGCGUUGCCCAGGAUUUCCUCUGCAUCAGAUAAGGAAGUUUUUCACUGGGGAUGCUUGCCCUUUGCUCUUAGGGAAACCAAAACUCUUUUUCAUCCAGAACUAUGUUGUACCAGAGGACCACAAGGAGCCAAAUAGUGUCUUAGAGGUGGAUGGCAGGGGUGGCAAAGUGUCUUAUAAUGGAUGGACACCCAGGAACUCUACUAUUCAUCAGGAAGCCGACAUCUUUUGGAGUUUGUGCAAGGUGAAUGUUUCUGUACUGGAGAAGUCUCCCAGCUCACCAUCCUUCUACCUGUGUUGCCUCUCACAGCUCCUGCAUCAACCUAAGGAGAGAAGAUGCUCGCUCUUGAAUCUCCACAUCGAUCUCAACAACAGAAUCUAUGACUGGAACAGCACAGUGGCCCCCGAAGAGCAGUACUCCAUCUUAUCCGAGCAUACUCUGAGGAAGAAUAUUUUUCUUUCCUACAGAUGAAAGGGAAAAAAAAGAGCUCCCAUGAUCAGUGUUCAGAGAUGGGACCUCAGUCAUCUGGGUGUAGUUUUCUUUAGUGGCUUGUAUGUGUGUAUGUUGGUGUGGUUGCUGUGGGAUGAGGUCUUGGUCAAUGGGGAAGCGCCAUAUUGAAACUGUGGAAAUGGAGUCUUUGAAUACUGAGUGGUGUUUUAUCAUAUGGAACCAGAGACUAAAAAACUAAGGAAUAAGCAUUACAAAUAUGAAGUAUAGCCCCUUUUAAUCUUCAUUGCUUAUCCAGUGUCCUAGGGAAUGAUGGUACCACAUUCUACUGCUAACGAGUGGUGACUUUUCUUUCUUUUUAGGAACUGGAGGUAGUCCAAAGCCAUAAAACUGGAAUGUCUUAA